AUGAACGUCUUCAAGCGCACGCAUAGGACAGUGUCGUCCCUGUCGCCCGCUCAGGAGGCAAGCGCGAGAGAUGGCCUCACUGUGCCGCGGACUUCGACGCCCGCAGCAGCCCGUACCGUUGGUAUGCGCAGUCGUCUCUUCGCGCCAGGUCGCACAGCGGACGACGACGUCACGUAUAGCCGUGCCUCGGCCAUCAGCAUUCCCGCGACUCCGCCCAAGCGUACGAGCUACAAUGGCUAUGUAAGCGGCGAGAGGAGACCGUCUAUACGCAGCGACACACUGCAAGGCGUACAGACGACAUGGACGCGAACGCUCUUUCGCACGCUGGCCGUGCUCGUCAUCGUCCUCUUCAUCAAACUCAUCAUAGACUAUGCCGUCGAAGAAACGCAUCCUUCGCCUGCCAUGCGUCUCGAGAGACUGCGAAAGAUCAGCCUUUCGGAGUGGCGUGGCAAAGUGAAGAUACGGCGCAAGCGCGAAGUCGUGCAUGAUGCUCCUCAGGCAGAGCGAUACACGGUCGUAAUGGCGACCUACAAGCGGCCACAGCUACUCAAGGCAUCGCUAGAGCAUCUCACCUCUGGCUCCUUGCCAUCCCUUGCCGGCGUGCUCGUCAUCUGGCAAGACACAAGCACCCCUCCACCGGCUUGGCUCACACAUCCGUCCAAUGGCACACAUUUUGGCGCGCCAGUAUGGGUCAGGAUAUCAGAGCACAACAGCAUGAACGAGCGCUUCCGACCCGACUCGCGUAUCAAAACGCGAGGCGUGUUCAUGUUAGACGAUGAUAUUGUGCUUCGCAGCGCAGACAUCGAAUGGGCAUGGCGCGUCUGGCUCGCCGAAAAUCCAUUGCCGGUCCACCACGAUGGCGGCCAGCAUGGACAUCAGACUCGCUUACAGCUCGAAGGUGGUGAUGUGGGCAAGAUAGUCGGUUUCACACCUCGAGAUUACAAGCGCAGGCGGAAAGCGCCAGGCUCGGGUGGCAAGGGCGAAUCGCUAGGACCGGGCGGUCUCGUCUUCGAUGUGCAGCCCACAGCGACAUACAGUAUGAUUCUGAGCAACGCAGGCUUCUUCCAUCGCGCCUAUCUAGACCUCUACUGGGAAGCACGCUUCGUCAAGUUCAGAGCCCAUGUGGACACUGUCUUCAACUGCGACGAUAUCCUGAUCAACUUCCUCGUCUCAAACCUGACCCACACUGCGCCUGUCCUCGUUCUGCCAAAGACACCCCUGCGCACGAUCAAGACUGACGGUCUCUGGAAUCGCGAUACACACUUUGAGCGGCGAUCUGCUUGUCUCGAGAUGUUUAGGAUCUUCAUGGGCGGUCUCAAUCCGCUCGUCAGAUCUGACCGUAGUGUCACGCGCCUCGUCGUCGACCAGGCAAGGAUAGUUACCAGCGAAGAGUUGAUCGGAGAUGGCAAGCGAGCGCCUGCGGCAGAUGAUGAUUUCGAGAUCGUGACGGACGAGGCCUACGAUGACUCUGUGAUGAUGGACGACAGUGAGGACGAAGAAGAUCCUGCAGAGAACCCGAUGGCGGAGAUGACGGAGUCUGACCCGACUGGUCGGCAAGACGAUGCGACGGAAGAGGAGGAAGCGGACCAGGAGCUUAUGCAGGCACGGCGAGAUGCCCAGAUAGAGGAGGAAGACGACGAGGAUGAUGAGGACGUCCAAGAGGAAGACGCGCUGGCAGAGUCCGACGCUACCCUGGAUCGCGAAAAUGCCGCAGCAGCAGAGCACGAAGAGCUCCAUCAUCGUGACAGUAGCACGACUCAUCGGCACGCUCACGCAGCCGAUGGGGACUAUGUGGAAGACACAGAAGGAUUGAGGCCCCGAUCGAACCAUUUGCUGGUCGAGCCCGAUGACGAGCUUCUCGAUGAGGAGACAGACAUCCAUCCGGACGAAGAAGCUACGGACGAGGAAGAUGCGGAGGCUGAUGAUCCGAUCGAGACACUAGACCCAUCACGUAUACUAUGA